UUCCUAGCGUAAUUCAAUCAAGCGCAUUCAGUACACUUCGUUCUUUGAUGUUGCCGGUGUUUGUUGUGCGAACUGUCAGUUUUGUUUUGUUUGCGUUUUGCUUUGACAUAUUUGCUGGAUGUAUUAUCGAACUGAGUUAGAGAAGAUAACAAAGUUGGUAAAGCAGAGGAACACCCAGGCUUUCUAUGACAUUAAUAACAUAUUCGAACAGCAGUUCUGAGUUAGAAUGGUGCGAUCAUGUGCAUUCCACUGACGACGUGUAAACACCUGCGAAGCAGACCGGUCCAGCGCUGUGAACGUAAACAAUAAUUUCCCAUCAAAUUUUUAUAACCUAUGCACGAUGGAUAUUGAAAUCUUAGUGUUGUACCUUGGAUUCACUAGUUUUGAGUACAAACUUACAAAAUUUCGAUAGAAAAAUGAAUGUCGCAUUAUCCGCUCAAAUUUUUGCGUGUACACAGCGUGGCCGCACAUUAAAAACUGUAAUUUAAAUUCGCAAGAUAAUUCAUCUUUUAUGCAUCACUAACUGAACGGUAAAGCUAAACAGGAUCAGUUUAUCGUUCUAUCCAACGGUUAUUGUGUGGAUCAAUGGACAGCGCUUCGUGCGCAAGCAGUCAGCAGUGCAGUCGGUGCGGAUCGGCGAAAUUACUGAUCAAAACAUCUCAUCGAGAAUCAACUGAAUUUUGCAAACGGGAUGUGCAACGAAAUCACAAGAAGUGUUCCGUUUGCUGUACCGCACGUUGCUGCAUGAUCGCUUUCUGCAUCGUAACAACGGUGAUUAUCUUGGCGGUUACAGUGGCGGCAACGGCAAUAAUUAUCACGAAUUCCGGUAAAACUUCAGAUAAGAAAUUAACUGAUAACGAGACCUCGACAUCGUCUCCAUCAACGGAUGAAGACUCUCUGCAGCCAACGACAAACCAGACGUAUUUGUGCGCGAAAGAUAGCGACUGUUCCUGGGGAACACUGUGUGGUGAUUUCGAUCCACAUAUGGAGCAAAUGGUAUUUUUUGGACAGUGCCGACCGUGUGAGGAGUACCGACGGUGCAAAAUCGACCGAGAUUGUGGAGAUGCGGUCUGUAGUAACGGAUGCUGUCCAAAGCAUUCAUGACAAGACAUUGCGAAGUGCGAACGUUGAAGAAGAAGAAACGAACACGCAAUGCUAAAGACUGCUUUUUCGGACACAUCGUGAUAUUCACGUAGACACGUACGGAAUAAUGCGAUCAACGAAUGCUGUCAAAAAUUAGUCUAAUACACGAUUACAUUCUUGCUCGGCGUAACUGCUGUAGUCUUUUGUUAAGGUCAACUUGUUAACUGGUAGUGCAAAACGGUAAUCCUCAAAAAUAAUGGUGAAAACCUUUGUAUUAGUGCUAACAGCAGCUGUUUUAAUUGUCUGUAGGUGGUAUGGUUACUUAUAAUCGGUAUGUUCAGCAAAUGUGCUGUUGUUACAUGUAAUGGCUUUUGGGUCGUUACGAGAUGUGAUUUCAUAGAUCACGAUGAAAUAGGUAAGCAGCAGCCCAAA